CUCCCCUCAGCUGUACUCAGUGCGUUUUCAUACGAUAGCUUUCUUUGUGAGAAUUUUCAGGCUCAUGAGAUGACCGGUGUUCAACACUCGACAGAGGCUGACAGCCAAACCAACGGAAAAGAGCCACAAUGUAACAAUUUAACAGACAUUAAAGAGGGGAAUUGAGUUAGAGGGAUCGACCGAAUGUUCUAGAAGGGUCAUGUGAUGUCCGGAGACCAGUUAUGUCGCACAUAAAAAAAAUACUCUGACGUACUAUUCUGCUUUACAGAUUCGUCUGUCCGUCGCGUAAAGAGCGCUAUGGACAAGGGAGCACGUGAGAGGUCUCAUCCAAUUGGAUCGCACGCUUUCAGCAGGAGGGUAUAAAUACCAGGCGGUUUCUGUGCGAGACGUCCGCCAUUGAUGACUAUCCUUUCAAAGAAACAGUCCUUUUAGUCGUGUAAUGAUAAAUGACGCUAGCCUGUUCUGUUCGCGUUGACGAAUAUAUAUAUAUAAAAAAAUAAGUAGUCUCUAUCGAGGGGUUUUCCGGGCGCAAAAGAGUCAACAACAUCCUUCGAUUGGUGAAGUUUUCCAACAGAGCUUCUCCGGCACUGCAGCGUCUGUCUCAGUUCGGCAGUUUAAGAUUUCUUUGUUUGUGCCAGAGACGGAAAGGUAAAAUUUUGAGACCACGUUGAGCUGGCUGCCUUUAGCUGGCGGAUUGGUUAGGGGAGGGACUGUAACUGAGCACAAUGCCAGCAUCUGACGGGGCGGGGUAAUCUUUGGUUAGUUGUGCUAAAACUAGCCAGGCGCCAUUUUGUGACUUGAGGCUUGCUAACACUAUUAUCGAUUAUUUCAUGUAAACAGUCUCUGCCUUGUCACGUUAAAUGUUAACUACACAAAUGUGUGUUUUGGGGUUGGAUAUUGUCCCGGAGAAUCCCAUAACUGAUUGCAGACGUAUCAUUUUUGUGGCCUUAAUUUUUAGGCGGGUGUUGGCAUUGCGUCACUCCUAAGAGGUCAUAGGGUUUAUGUAACGCAGGGCUCUUGCAUAAAGCUAGAUCAAAAUAUAUGUAUAUAUUGUGAACUAUAUUUUUUCACCCUUAGUGUCAUGUGUACUAUUAAUAUCUUGAUUUUGUUGACAUUUGAUACGUAGUGGUCGGAAUAGACGAAUGUUAUUUCUCGCAGUCUCAAACGUCCAAUUGUCUCAAAUUGGUCAUUAAUAAGUUGUAACAGCGUAACUAUUGUAAUUAUAAACUUUGUUAGAAAAUAAAAAUGCACUAUUUGAAAUUGUUUCUUUUCUUCCAAGUAAACAUUUUUUAAUGAAAACGGACACUCAUUUAACCUCUCCUCAUCCCUCCAUAAUUUAUAUAUUUUUUAUUUAUGUGUAUUUAUAAGUGUUUUGACUUUCUGAUGUUGUGCAAUUUCUGUAUAGCUUUAAAAAAAUAAAUGUACUGUUUCCACAAUUUCUUUUGUAUAUUGUAUACAGACGUUUGUAAGUCCUCAGGGCUAUUUAUAGGUUUUAUUUAUUUUUUGUGAAUUAUUUUUUAAAUAAAGCACACCGAAUGAUCAAUGUAACUUGUAAACGUUUUUGAGUAUGGGCAAAAAGAGCUGAGUGUGAUAUCUUCAGGUUGGGUAAGUGAUAUCAUAAAUAAUGGAGCCUGCAAGUUCUAUGUGGCGGCUCAGAAAAAAAUCGGUAUUAUCAAGUCGUUCUUGUUAAAUAAGAGUAGUGGUGCAUGUCAUAAAUAUGUCUUUUGUGUACGGAAAUGUUCUGUUCAUUAGACAGCAGAGGGCGGUGCAUAGUCUGCCCUAGUUGAUGGCUCUGGUGACGUAUUUCAUUAACCAGGAUUUCCUUAAACUUUCGGGAGUAUGACAUGUCUCUAAAAAAUAUUUUGUUUUUGAUGCACAUUAUCAAAAAGCAUCUGAAGUUAAAGUCGUCACGAUUGUGGUUCAGAUUGGGACUGCUUGUUCUGAUUUCCCCCCAGAUCCAGAUAAUAAACAGCAGUGAAUGGAAUGCCGAUUUUGACACUGCUCUCCCUGUUUACAGUGGCACAGACAGUGGCUGUGUAAUGCCUGCAGAGCUGCCCAGGCGUAUCUGCAAAAAUCCUUUCUUCACCUGUCAGUCCCUGGUUGAGCUCAGACAUGUCUGAUGUGAAACCCCCACAGAAUUUCACAAUGAAUGGAAAUCCCCCUCCCCCUGAGUUCAAGAACCCCAAAAAGCCAGGCCGUCUCACCAACCAGUUGCAGUAUCUAGAAAAAGUGGCGAUGAAGUCCCUGUGGAGACAUCACUUCUCCUGGCCUUUCAGACAGCCUGUGGAUGCAGUCAGGCUUCAUUUGCCUGAUUAUUAUGCAAUUAUCAAAAAACCAAUGGAUUUGGGCACCGUAAAAAAGCGGCUCGAGAACAGUUACUACUGGAAGGCAAUGGAAUGCGUUGAAGACUUCAACACCAUGUUCACAAACUGUUAUGUGUACAAUCGGCCAGGAGAUGAUAUUGUUCUGAUGGCACAAGCCCUUGAGAAGCUUUUCUUGGAGAAGGUGGCACAAAUGCCUCAGGAUGAGUUUGAGGUCUCCGCUCUGACCAUUAAAGCUCCAUUCAAAGGAGGAAGGAAGGCUUUAGCCGAGCUAAAGAUGAGGCCGCAGUCGCCUGUGUCUGAGGUGGUCUUCCAACAGACAGUAACAGUCAUCCCUCCUGAUGCUUUGCAUACACUUCCCUCCACUCCUCUGUCUGCUCAGCUCACAACCAAAUUAAAAAAUGGAGUGAAAAGAAAAGCAGACACCACAACCCCUUCUGCUUCUUCCUUCACUAUCUGCGAGUCUUCACCUUGUGUAACAGAACCAAAAGCCCUUAAAAUACUUUCAAGGCGAGGCAGUGGCCGACCCAUUAAAGCCCCCUGUAAAGACCUUCCUGAAUCAACACCACAACAUCAGUUGGGCAGAAGGACCAAACUCUCAGAGAGACUCAAAUACUGCAAUGCCAUCCUAAAAGAGAUGUUUUCUAAAAAGUAUUCAGCUUACGCCUGGGCUUUUUAUAAGCCUGUGGAUGCUGAGGCUCUAGGCCUUCAUGACUAUCGUGAAAUCAUCCACCAGCCGAUGGAUAUGAGUACCAUUAAAAAAAAGUUGGAUACCCGUGAGUAUACAGAUGCAUUGCAGUUCGCUGCAGAUAUGCGGCUCAUGUUUUCAAACUGCUACAAAUACAAUCCACCUGCCCAUGAGGUUGUGGCCAUGGCAAGGAAACUCCAGGAUGUUUUUGAGUCUCGCUUCUCUAAGAUUCCUGAUGAACCAAGAAAUGCAGCUCCGACUAGUGAGAACACGAUGAAGAAGAAGAGAGUGGAAAGAGCUCCAAGUCAGUCCAGCUCUGAUAGCAGUGACAGUGAAUCAUCAUCUCCGUCAGAUAACACUUCAGACUCUGAAGGUGAAGAGGAGAGAGCUCAGAGACUCGUUAGCCUGGAAGAACAGUUGAAAGCUGUACGAGAGCAACUGCAAUUACUGACCCAGACGCCCCUCCUGAAACCAAAAAAAAAGGAGAAGUCCAAGAAGAAGAGGAGGAAAGAGAAAGAGUCUUGCAAGCGAAAAGGUGAAGAAAUGAAGAAACAAGUCAAAAUGCAGAAAAGGUCAAGCAGCAGCAAGUCAUCAGGGCGGAACAAGCAAAGCAAAGCAUUUGAGUCUGAAGAGGAGAAAAACGUUUUGCCCAUGUCUUAUGAAGAAAAACGGCGACUGAGUCUGGAUAUUAACAAGCUACCUGGAGACAAGCUUGGCAAAGUAGUGAGCAUCAUCAAGGCGAGAGAGCCUAUGCUCAGAGACACAGACCCUGAGGAGAUUGAGAUUGACUUUGAGACACUCAAACCUUCAACUCUUCGAGCUCUUGAGUGCUACGUUAUGACUUGCCUUCAGAAAAAAACAAAAGAAACCGACCGAAAGAAGAACCAAAAGAAUUCUAAAAAGAAGGAAACGGGGAAGGAGCUGCAGAACACAUCUGGUGAUCCAAACUGUAAUAAAAAGGCCAAGAUUGAAGAUGAGGGCGAGUUGAAAGACAUGACACGUCCGUCUUGUCUGAGUGAGAGCAGCAGCAGUUCAUCCAGCUCUGACAGCAGUAGUAUUGACUCUAGCACUUCUGAUAGCUGUGACUCUGAUUCAGAACAGAAAUCUAAGAGGAAGCAAAGAAAAGCCCCAGGCCAUACCAACAAAAUUAAAAACGAGGCAUUGUUCCAGGCAGCUGCUGAUGUAAAGGACCCGUCACCUGCCUCAGUUAUCAAGUCUCACCCAGCGUCACUAGUUUCAGAGGCAAACUCCCAGCAAGAAAAACAGCAUGCGGAAGACACCAUCACAGCAAUCCCAGCCUUACACUCUUGGCUGCCGCCUCAGCCAUCCAGACCUAGUGACAAAGCUGCCCCGCUACCUCGUAAAAACGGGACCGCUUCCUUGCCUUGCAGCCUACCUCCAGACCACGAACCCUAUGUUUUACUGAAUACUUUCUCCAGCUCUCCAUGUAAAGACUCCACAACAGACCCACACACGUGCUACCCCAUGUCAAUCACCACACAUACACCUGCCUCACCUCCUGCAGAUCCACCAUUGUCCUGUGGUCCCUCACUUGAUCCUCCACAUUCCCCCCCAUAUCCUCACCAAAUCGACUCUCAGGUUUCCACAUCACCUGCUGCUGCAGAAAAGCCUCCAAAUAAGUCUCAGCGGGAAGGUGUCCCCCCUCUUCUGUCACCACUGACCUCACCUUCUACAGCCAUGUCUGUCAUAGGAUCACAGCCUACCUCCAGCUCACAGUUUGAGCACUGUAGGUUGUUGUCACCUCUGCCAGAGAGUCCUGUAACCAGUAUGAGGGAUGAGCAGUGCUGCCUAGAGACACUGGAAGAAUCAUCCAUGCCUGGAGGUAAGCAUGAUGGCAGUGAACUAUUCAAAUCCAUUCAAGAUGCCAAAACCAACUUGCCUAAAAAGGAUCUUGUUCUGAAGAAUGCAGACUCCUGGACAAGUCUGGGGAAAAUGGCUUCUCUGGCUCCUUGCACCAUUAAAUCGUCCAAGGAGAGUUUCCAGCAGUUCCGUAAAGUUGCCAUGGAGAAAGAGGAACGGGAGAGAGCUCGUAAAUUGCAGUUGGAAGCUGGCAGAGAAAAGUCCAGCACAGUCAAAAGCGGUCAGGUGCAUCAGCUCCAGAAGACAAAGCUGGACUGCCAACCUUCAAAGCCAGAAGUGGAGUUAGCAGAGCUGCCUCUGAUGGUGGCUAUCUUGGAUACCCCUGAAGCCUGCUCUCUUCCACAGAACUCUGUAGACCGAGAGCGAGAGAUGGCACGAAAGAGAGAGCAGGAGCGUCGUCGGAGAGAGGCUAUGUCAGGAGUCAUUGACAUGACCAUGCAGAGUGACAUAAUGGCGACCUUUGAGAAGAACUUGGACUGAGAUCCAAGCUAAAAUAAAACAGUUUGGUUGUAUACAUUUGUGCUACUGUUCGGUGAACAGUGUGAAAUGUCUUGUCCCUUCCUUUACUUGCUCCAUGAGUCCAGGUGACUGAAACGGGUCUUUGUCUUUUUAUGGGGGAAAAUACUGCAAUACACCUGCAUCACUGUACAUUUGUACUAAGUUAGCUCUUGUAAAAAUAAGCAAGCAGUAGUGGACAGUGUAAGCUUUGCAAAUAUGCGCACCAUUACCAGUGUUGUGUAUAUUCUUGUUUUUGUUGUUUUGAUAAAUUUAAUGCUUGAAUUCAGAACUGCCUGCACUGAAAAGCUGCCUGUUGUUCAAGGCAGUUUUGAAAAAAGAAACGUGUCUGAUGUCUUUGUGUUCUUGAACAUGAGUUAUUCUGUCUUUUUGCUUUACACUGAAGAAUGUUUACUUCUCUUAUUAUUGUAAUCAAAUCCUUGACACAUUCCAUCAACUCUGCUGUAAGAAUAAUGCAUAGCUGGUCGUCUUGCGCUAGCUGUUUAUUAGAACUCUAUGGGAUUUUCCUGUUUGGGGCUCUUACCCUGUUCCUCUUAGCUGGAAUGCUGUGUAUUUAACUUGCAGUAAUUUCAAUGAAAAUGUACCCACUCGGAUGAACCUGUUUAAAGUAUUUCUGUAAUUGGCGGAAAGGUUAUGUUAGUUUGUGUGUGUGUAACAUCUACGUUUGGUUUACAAAAGGCAGGCAUUGUCCCAAAUGUUUGCCAUUAUUGUUAAGAGAAUUUGAAAAAGUUGUGCACUUCCUGUGUUUCUAUUUGUAUCCACUUGGAGAAAGUUCCUUUCUUGGAGAUGAAAGGCAGUUCUCUGUGCCUAAAGUCAGUGGGUUGUCCAGAGCUAAGUUGAUUCUAAAACGUUAUCUAGUGAUUCUUUUGCACUGAAGACAUGUUUGUUAUUACUAAUCUGACUGUAAUGGUUGUGGCCGUUUUUCAGUGCUCUCCUGAAAAUGAUCAUCACAAGCACUUUAUUCAUUACAUCACCAUUCUGAGGUGUCCCAUGCUUUCGAGAGAAAGACUAAUAUAUUAUUUCUAAAAGUUAAGUCAAUAAAAAAAGUAUUUUCACUAAAAUUUGUGUGAUCUGAU